AUGGCGCCGGGAGCCCGCGAGGCCGCAACCCGUCCGCUCGGCGCCCCUGACACCCCCGAGUCUCCGGCAGCUCCCGGCUCUGCGCCCCGGCAGCCAGGCGCGGAGUCGGCUCGGGGCGUGGUUACCGCCACCACGACGUUCAAAAACUCCCGCGGGAAAACAAAUACCGCGAGACAGCCGCCACGGCGUCCGGAGGGGCGCCGCGUGUCCGGGGGACCCCUGGGGCCCCGCCGAGGGGAGGAGUGCCCGGUCCCGGGGAAGGGGAGCGGGGCGCGCUGGGCCGCGGGCCGGGCGGGCCGGAGCGCCGAGUUCCGGGCGUUUCUCGAGCCGUCGGCGACGGGGGGCGCGCGGGGAGAGCCGCGGGGCCGUCUCCGCCCACCUCCCCGCGAACUCCUGAGGCGCGCGUGGCGGCGCCGAGCGGCUCGGGGUCCGAGAGAGAAGCGAGAGCGGAAAAGGAGCGCGCUGGGUUGGCUUGUUCCCUUGGCGUUUGGGGGCACCACACGGGGCGGGGCCGAGCCGGCGUCGGGGCGUGCGAGGCUCUUGGCUGCACUGUUGGGGCCCCGCGAAAGUGUGCAGGGUCGAGUUUCAGAAGCGGGGGGCCCGGGGUUCGGGCAGGCACCGGCUUCUGCCGCCUCUGGAGCCGGGGACCCGGCGCGGAGCUCGGGCCUGAAGCCUGCGGGGGGAGCCUCGGAGGCCGGAAGUGGAGGUUGGAGUGAUGCUGAUGCUGCAGGUGAUGCAGAAGGUGCAGAAGCAGCGCCUGCGACGGGUCUGUUUGCUCCCCAUACCCAGGCCGUUGUAAAGGUCCCUUGCAUCUCUUACCCAUCGACAACUAAUACAAGGGAAUCUGUCGGGUGGAUUUGACUCAAAUCUGGCUGAUUUGAGUCUCUGGCCAUCGGCCUCAGGUAUUGUCCAUUAUCUUAGUUUUCCUGUGAGCCUGAGCGCUAGGGCAGGUUUUUAUGAUAAACAAUUGUUAACUCUCUGUUUAUCAGAAAGAAAAAAAAAAACCCAGGAAUUUGCAGGAAGUG